AUGGAAGUCUGGUUCAUCCUCCUCCUUUCUCUGUGUCUCUGCGCAGCCCUCAAAUCCUUGCUCUAUCUCACCUCACAUGGCAAACCCAAGAAAACAAAGCUCUCCCUCCCACCAGGCCCUCCCAAAAUACCUAUAAUCGGUAACAUAAUCUGGCUUUACAGAUGCUUCUCUGACGUUGAAGGAACCCUCCACAACGUCCACCUCAAGUAUGGCCCCAUCAUCACCAUCCACAUUGGCUCCAACCCAGCCAUCUUCAUCACAACCCACUCUCUAGCCUAUCAAGCCCUCAUUGAGAAUGGAGCCGCCUUCGCCGACCGCCCACCACCCACCGCUUCUAGCCCCAUCAUUACUUGUAACCAACACACCAUCAACUCCGCCGCUUAUGGUCCUCUUUGGCGGGUCCUUCGUCGGAAUUUCACCUCAGAGAUCAUCCAUCAUUCUCGGGUUAAAAGCUUCUCUCAUGCUCGCAAAUGGGUCUUACAGAUACUUAAAACGUUGCUCAGAUACCAUGUUGAAUCAGGCGAGCCUGUUCGUCUAAUGGAGAACAUUCAGUACGUCAUGUUCUGCUUACUGGUUUUUAUGUGCUUUGGUGAUAAACUUGAUGAGAAGGUUAUUAGAGAGAUUGAAGACGUAGAGAGGAAGCUACUUAAAAUUUUCCAAAUCUUCAAUAUACUUGGGUUCUUCCCUACGUUGGGAAAAUUCUUCUUUAGAAAAAGUUGGCAGCAAUUGAUUGAUAUGCGAAAGAGAGAGGAUUCUAUUAUAAUCCCUCUAAUAAGAGCCAGACAAGAACGAAAUAAGAAGAAGAAACAAGAGCAAAAUCCCAAUGAAGAUGAUGAAUUCUUCGCCUCCUAUGUCGAUGCACUGUUAAAUCUUCAAAUCCCAGAUGAUGAUGAUGAAGGGGGACCGCGGAAUCUUACCGAGCAAGAAAUGGUGGUUCUUUGCUCAGAGUUUCUAAACGCAGGCACAGACACAACAUCUACGGCACUGCAAUGGAUCAUGGCUAACCUGGUGAAGCACCAAGAAACCCAAGAAAAGCUGUAUUCUGAAAUCAAAGAAGUACUUGUGGAUAGAGGUGAAGAAGAAGGAGAGAUCAAAGAAGAGGAUUUGGCUAAGAUGCCUUACUUAAAGGCAGUGGUCUUGGAAGGGCUAAGGCGACACCCACCAGUCCAUUUCGUGGCGCCUCAUGCUGUCACGGAAGAUAUAGUGUUGGACGGCCACAUCAUACCGAAGAAUGCCACGAUUAAUUUCAUGGUGGCACAGAUGGGGUGGGACCCAAAGGUUUGGAAAGAUCCAAUGGAGUUUAAUCCAGAGAGGUUCGUAUUGGGUGAUCAUGAUCAAGUGGUAGGGUUCGAUAUAACAGGGACUAGGGAGAUUAAGAUGAUGCCGUUUGGUGUAGGGAGAAGGAUUUGCCCUGGACUUUCGUUAGCCGUGCUACAUCUGGAGUAUUUUGUUGCAAAUUUGAUCAGAGAUUUCAAAUGGACGGCUGUUGAGGGAGUUGGUGUUGACUUGACUGAGAAGCAAGAGUUUACAGUUCCCAUGAAAAACCCAUUGCAAGCCCACAUCUCUCCAAGGGUAAAAUAA